ACAUUGGCAACAGGCACGGCCGAUAGACCACGAGUGCAAACGGCGAUGUUGUAGCCUUUGGUCGACGGAUUUCUAACGUCCAAAUAAUCCCCAGUGCAUGCAUUCUCUUGCGUUGUAUCUAUGCCUCAGCCAUUGGAAUGUCAUACAUUUCUAACCCUUACAAUCCGAUGACAUCGGGACGGGUUGUUAACGGUUAUUCACCGCACAAUUUUGAAGUCGCAAAUGGGCUUUUGGUCGAUGGAAAUUACAUCGAUGGAUCAUGGGAAUUGUGUGUGUUCGUAGACGAUCUGAACAGAGAAGUGAAAGUGCGUGUACUUGGUGGAAUGACUCUAGGUGUGCUAAUGCAUCGAAUUGUGGAGAGUGUUCAUGUGCAGCAGAGUUGGUCCGAUCACGCGAUUUGGUGGUCCGACCGUAACAUGUGGCUGUUGCACAAUCGGACAACCCUGGACCAGUAUGGUUUACAAUCAGACGCUAAACUCAUGUUCCGCCGUAUGCAUGGUGAUCUUCAAGUGAUUUUACCCUCCAUGAUUGCAGUCCUACUCCGAGUGAAUUACUCCUCACGUGUGUUUAAUGUUGUGCGGAGUAUUUGUAAAGAAUUAAAUAUCCGCCACUCGGAAGAACUUUCCUUAUCGUUUCCCAUAACAAAAGCACAUUUGAAAUCCAACACACCUCUUCCGAAUCUACGGUCUGCGAUUAAACGACCAGCCAACCAGGCGAAUGAUUCGCGUACGGAUACUGCGACGCUGAAGGCGACGACCAUCGGCGCGAACGGGCAUCACAUGUAUCCCCACACAAUGGACGGUCCUCCAAUCAGUCCUUACGAAACUUUACGCUCUGGUGCUGGAACUAUCAUGCGCUUGCAAUCGGAGAAUUCACUUGACCGUGAACGAUUGGAUGCAGCUCAGUACGCCGAUUGCAACUUCAGGCGAUCGGCUAAAACAGUGUUCGCUGACGGUUGGCUCAUGCGACCGAAGAACCUGGUUCAAAAAGCUCGGCUAAACAGCGGAUGGCUUGAUUCUUCCCGAUCACUCCUCGAGCAUGGGAUAGAACCUCCUCGAGUUACUAGCAUGAGCGAAUCGAUUCCAACGUUGUAUUUAUGCUUUAAAUAUUACUCAUUUUAUGACAUAAACUUGAAAUAUGAUGCUGUUCGUAUACACCAGCUUUACGAACAGGCCCGAUGGUCUGUCCUCUCUGGCCUGCUUGAUUGUACGGAGGAUGAGAUGAUUGUGUUUGCGGCUUGUCAACUUCAAGCCCAAUUGCAGUCUGCACAGGUUCGGCAAAUGGCAUAUUCAGGAAGUCCACUCACAGAGCCGUCAAGUCCCAACUACUACCCAACCUUUGGAGCCACGAGUACCAUGGGGACCAACUAUCGGUCCGGGUCUAGACCCAGUCCAGAUCUAUCAAGACGACAGUUUGGCCUGCCGCACACUCCCCAUUACGGGCUGGGUGGCGCUGGUCAUAGUUCCUCCCUGUUGCGCCUCCCCAGUGCCACGUCCCCAACACCGACAAUGAGUAUGCUAGAUGGACCCUCCAAUCGUUGCCAACGCGGUGAAGCGGGUUCAGUGGACGAAGUUGAUGAGCUGUUGGCUGAGCUGGAACAGUCAUGCGGGGUGGCUGAAGAACCUGGUUCCGCUUCGAGGGCAUUGCAAAACCACUCUCGCUUUUUCGACGGCACUCUGAGGGUAACCACUCCCAGAGGUCAAGACGUGCCCGACACAUCGGAAAUCCCCACUUUACAAGAUAGUCUUCGAGUGUUCAAAGAACGCACUCUUUUGAUUCGUCGUUACAAAGUGUACUGGGUCGUUAUUCGUGAGUCGCGUCUGUACUUGUUUAAAAAUGAAAAGGAAACGAAUCAGCCUCUGUACGCAUACUCCUUGAGGGAUUGUUCUGUCACACCGGAUGUGAGUACCGCCACGCACAAAUACAUCUUGAAGCUAGUCGUCCUUACGGAACCCAAUCGUACCGCCUACAAUGGCCUGCGUGCUGGUAGUAUGAAUGCAAUCUAUACGGCCUCAACGCAUCAACCGAAUUUCUCCCAGGUGACAAGAGAGGAAAUCUGGCUGCGGUUCGAAGCCGCCGAGCAGUAUGCCCGGUGGCUAGCGGCUUGUCGCCUGUUAACCAGAGGUAAAACCCUAGCCAGUCGCGUUGCUUAUGAAAGGGAAGUGGACGUGAUUUUGGAGACAUUGCGUCUACAAUCACCUGGCCCGACACCUGCCAUAACACCAGAUGAGUCAGUCAAGUACUUGGGGGAUUUGACCGACUUUUGCGCCGAAAAAGUUAUCCGUAAAUGCCGGUCAAAAGACUACCUCCGGCAACGUAUCAUCGAGGCGCAUGUUAAUAUCAGGGACUUCUCUCUACUCGACGCCAAAUACAAAUACAUCCAAGCGUGGCAACGACUGACUAGCUUCGGCCGAAGUUAUUUUACCGUAGCAUUCGAUCGGAAUCCCGGCCUUGAUCUUGGCUCGCACAAUGGCGGUCUAUUUAGCUCCCCUGUUGACGACGUCAUUGCUAUUUGCCAAGGUCGAGUGGAAGUUGUCUCUCCACACACCGGCGAUGUGCUUCGGGCUUGGAAUUUUACCGAUCUUCGGUCUUGGAAUGUGAACUGGGAUGCCGGCAAAGUGGUCUUGGAUUUUCGCACCGGUCCUGUGGCUUUCCGCCCUCUGUGUACCAAUUGCAAAACGAUUGUGGAGUUUAUUGGUGGAUACGUAUUUCUGAGUCAACGCACACCGGAAAAAAGUCAAGAAUGCAACGAACGACUUUUUCAUCGAUUGACGGGGGCCACCGACUGAGUACUCCUUGGUUUUCGAAUACUUUCAGACUACAUGAUUUAUGUACUGUGGACUCUGUCGGACGUGUCGUUGAUUCCAGCACGAGGCAUAUGACUACACUUAUUGGCUGGCCAUGCAGACAAUUCGAUCAGUGUCUUUCAAAUUAUGCGGGCCUCUGUGCUUGUUUUAUCAAAUCCCCUUUCAAUCAGAAACAUGGUUCCAUCGAACCACCUUGUGUCGGUGGACCAUAGUGCCUUGCACCAGAUGGUUUUAUGCGACGCGGUGUAAGCCCAAGAGACCACACGGACAAGAGACCUGAGAACAUAUAGUAACUUCCUCUUGGUGACACAUUACCAAUAUGUGACCAUACAAUAACAUUCGUCACGCUUCGUCAGCUAUGUGAGAUCAAAGUCCUAUGCUUGAUCGUUUUCUUAUGAGUUUUAAUUGGGCGUCUUCUCUGUUGGACAAGUUUUUCUCUUGUACGUAUCAUUGAUGUGCAAAGAAUAGGAUUGUCAGAUUACC